AUGGCUGAGUCGUGGAAUUGGUCAACAGAUUCGAAACUCUGCUUCGUUACUACGGGCGCAACCGCACCCUUUACCGCGCUCAUUGAGGCUGUCUUGACUUCAUCGUCUCUGGAUGCGCUGCGGGAAAACGGCUUCACACACCUCCUUGUGCAGUACGGAACCGCAAAAGACAUCUUCAGCAGAUGCUGUGACGUUGCACAGUCUCGAAUAGUGCAAGAAGCCGGGAAGCCAGAUAUAGUCAUUCAAGGCAUCGACUUCAACCCCGAAGGGCUGCGGGCGCAGUUCAAAUUGGUCCAAGAGUCAAAGGGACUUGUUAUAUCACAUGCUGGAUCCGGCUCCAUUCUCGAAGCCCUCCGCUAUCAAAUCCCGCUCGUUGUCGUGCCCAACACUGCACUGCUCGACAACCACCAGGAGGAACUGGCCGAAGCGAUGGAGCGCUCAAACUACUUGCUGCGAGGGGAUGUCAGGAAUCUCGCACCUGCUAUCAAGAAGUCGGAGGGCUUCCGUGUCAGAAUGUCUCAAUUUCCGCCCAUUACUAGUGGGAAGCAUCGAGAGACUAAGAGCUUUGCUGCUAUCAUGGAUGAGACGAUGGGGUUUAUGGAUUGA